UGUGUGUGAGUGAGUCAUGGCGGCUGUGCUCGAGCUGCUGCUGAGGGAGGAGGUGACGGCGGGGGAGGCGCUCGCGUGGCUCAAAACCAACGGCUCGCAGCCCGUGCAGAAAGGUGACGUGAAGGAUGAGCUUCUGGCAUACAGUUCUCUGCGCAGAGAGUUUGUUCCCUUUCUUUUAAACUUUUUAAGGGAACAGACAAACCAACUAAUUCCAAAUGGUCCAUCUACGCCUGCAAAGUCAUCCUCUGCAAAAGGGCUGAGACUCUCAUACCAUCGGGAUCGGAGUGAGUGUAACCCGAGUGAUCGAAGGACCUGUAAUACAGUCCCCCCAAAAGGGAGUAGAACGCAGUUAUUCUCUGAAACUCCAAACAGUUCCGCUAACUCGGAUGUUUUCUUCCAGUCUCCUUCGUCCAGUGGUUCGUCGUACUUCUCAAAAUCAAAUGGUGACUCGAGCAGCGCGGCUAGCCCCGAAUCUGUCUGCUGCGAUACGCCGCGUCAGGGAGAGCGCCGCUCGGCUCAGAGGGUCAGCCUUGGCCAGUUCAUUGUCACAACUUCUGAAAGCCAAUCCCAGCGACGGGCCAAGAAGAAGAACAUGUUGGGCCCCGGUCGGCAGGUAACAAAGGACUUCGUAAGAAGCUCAAACGAAGAGGAUAAUCCAAACUGGAGCGGCAAUAGAAGAAGAAGGGUGGAUUUACUCAGCUCACCUGCUGCUUCCCAGCCUUCCAGUCAGUUAAACUUAAACAAUUUAGAUGAGUUUCCGCCAGUGGGCGCUGCAUCUAUGCCUCCAAGUAAAACAAAGCCAUCAAGGAGAAUUAAUCCUACUCCAGUUAGUGCAGAGCGGUCACUGUCCAAACCCAAGAUAUGCUUCACUUCCACUCCUUUGAGUCAGCAAUCAACUUCAACCUACACAGCAGGAGCCGUUCGAGAAGCAUUUGGUGCUGGUUUGGAGGGAACUGUUGUUUCACCUGCCAACAGCUUGCAGGAAGAGCGAGAGAUGCUGAAAAUAGAAAGGUCAAAGUUGCUUCAGGUAACAUCAACGCCUUAUGUGUCUGUUCCGGAUGAUACCACCACCCCAAUUAAACCUCCUCCGUGUGGACGAUCUGUCCCUGUUUCUUCAGACAGCCAAACUGUAUGUGCUGAUGUAAGCAAAGUUUCAUACCGAAACCAGCUUGAUAUACUGGCUCAGCUGUACUCUGCUUGUAUCUUGGAGAAUUUAGUACCAAAUAUUUUUUUGGAGCUUUUCUUUAUACUGCAGCUGUUGACGUCAAGAGGAGGAGCAUCAGCUGUAGAUGAUGCUGAAGAUGAGAUGAAAUAUUCCUCAGAAGUUAAAAAUGUGGAAAGACAGUAUUUUAGGAGUGUGCACAAUUGUGUCUACUUUGCCGUGAGAGUUCUGGAUAAACAGUUAACGAUCAUUUCCCAUUUAGAUAAGGGGACUCUGAGGCUUCUUGCUGAGAAUGACAGACUCGCUAUGUUCUCGAGCUCCUUACAUGACCAGAUGAUUUACGCCCACAAGAUCAGCACAGCCAAGGUGUCACUCGCUCUUCCUUCAGUCAUACAGCCUGUCCCAUUUGAGCCUGAAACCGACAACCGAUCAAAUUUUAUCAGCGACAGAGCCUUUCAGAAUUUCAAGAAGCAAAGAGAUAUAUUUUAUGAACUCCUGCGCGAGUGGGAGGAUAAACAUGAAAAUCCUUGCUGGGACUUUGAGAGAGCGCUGGGACUCCGAAUCAGGAUGAUGAUGGUCAAUCUAAGCACAGCUUAUAACCACAGCCACUUUGCAAGAUUGUUUCAGAAACAGCUGAUAAGGAUGUGUAAAGGCCCAGUUGGAACACUUGCAGGUGGUGACAAUCCUGAUCAGGACGUACUUGACAUGCUUGGAUCAGACAACCUAAUGAAGCUGAAACGACUGCAGGAACGCUUUGUCGUGCCUCAGAGUAUCGGGGGCCCAUGUCCGCCUCCAGCAUUUUCUGGGUGCCAAGAAUUCUUCAGGGAUUUCCUUUUAUGUGCAGGAAGUCACCAGUUAAACCAACACUUGUCAGAUGGCCUGUGCCAGCAGAUUUCUGAACUAGACAGCAUCGCGAUCCUAAACCAUGAGUCCACAGAACGUGAAACUGAUAUGGACGAACAGGAUGAGAAGGAACACUUUGCCUCAGUCUUGAUGACAGUAAGAUUGCUGGCCAAGUUUCUGGGGUUUCUUACCUUCCUCCCUUAUCGAACAGGAGAUCGGCCAACACGGGAUAUGCAGGAGGCAGCUCUUCCCCUCAGAAACCAGGGAGUUUCUGUUCUGAAUGUGUAUGAAAUAUUGAAAAGGUCACUUGAACGUCAGCGCACGAUUCUCACAGUACCCUGGGUGGUUGAGUUCCUGAGUAUGAUGGACUAUGUUACUCCUUUGCUGGAUUAUUAUCACAAGGUGUUCACCCUCCUCUUGCACUUAUACAGAUACAUGAUUCUAACUAGCAAGCAGAAUAGGAAUUGCCUGAACAAACUGUUGAUCCUCGCGGUCCUGGGGUGGCUUUUCCAAAUUCCUGCAGUUCCUGAAGAAAUGUUUUUCAAUGAAGAGCAGAUUGAUGCCAUUGAAUUGACCGUGUCAGACCAAGGCUUAGACUUUGUUCCUUUGGUUGAUCAGCAACUUCUUUACACCUGCUGUCCCUAUUUAAUUGAGUUACGCAAGCUGCUGGUUUCCUAUGUAGUUGGCAGUGGUGUUAAGAAUGGAGGAUUUAUGAGAAAGAUCACCCCAACUGCAGCGGAACCGCUAGUGUCAACUUCAGCUCUGUCUCAGCAGCGACUCCAGGCUGAACUGGAGGAAGCUUUCUUUCACAAUCACCCCCCAUCACUUCGUAAGACAGUUGAGUUUGUAGCUGAAAGAGUUUGCUCUAACUGUGUGAAGCACAUUAAGGCGAGUCUAGUGGCUGAGCUGGUUAAACGUGCGACGGUGAUGUUAUGCAAUGGGAUGAAGUGUGAACAGCCUAAUCUAACUAUGCUCCUUGAUAGCGUCACCACUGAACUCUGUGAAGAAAGCAGGGAGGCAGUAGUCAAGGGCAGAUUGUUUUGCAGCAAGAAAGGCCCAGAAGCAAUUCGAGUUCUGCUUCCGGAAGAGACGUCUGCCUCGGUGCUGAGCACAGCAGAAGCUAUUACCAGCCGUCUCGCAACUGAGAAAGCCUGCACGUGGCUCUUGGCCAACAUUUCAGCUUUGAUCAAGAAAGAAGUGAAGCUGUGCUUUGACAGAUUGAAGAAAUCUCAAGCGCUGCUGUCAUCAGGUACACAAGAGGCUCCCAUUGAGAGUGUGAGCUGCCUUCCAGGAUGUGAACACAAUGCACCUCUUCCCUCUCAAAUAACCAACGAGUUUAAGGAACUGUUGUGUAUUGCACUGGGUCCCAGGAGAAGUGAUGAAGUAAUUGAGCACAGACAAAUUGAUAACUUGUUCAGAAGGUUAAGCAGAACGCUUCAAUGCAGGAAGUACAUCUCUCCAGUAAUUGAACAUGCACUUGCCAGGUGCACGGUGGAGUUGGCUUCCCUGUUGGUUGCAGGAAAAAUUCCACUCAAUCAUAUUCAACACGAUUCUGGAGAUCGUGCUUCUAAUCACCAGUUAUUACAGCCAUCACUCAACUACCUCCUCUCACUUUGGAAAGAUGCUUUCCACGUGCCUCUACCUUUACAUCUAAUAUUCAGUGAGAAGAAUAUUUCAUAUUUGAUUGAGGCAAGAAAUCCAAAGCAAUGUUGGGUUGAACUCUCAUUUUUUAUUCAUGGCCUUGCUCAGCAUGGCUUAAUGAAGACUGAAGAAAUGGACCAAUACUGGAAGAAACUUCUGCAGUGUCCAUUGCCUAAAGAUUUAUUGAAUACAAUAGAAACAUUUCGAUCAUGUGAAGACGUGACUGACAUUGGUAAGACGCCAAAUGAGCUGACAGAUGGACUGAAUAAAGUGGCGGUCCUAUAUGGCAGCAACAGUUUUACCAAGGAAAGUUAGUUACAACUGUACUGAAUGCAAUAAUAUUUGUUUAAUAUUAAGUUUACUUAAAGCUGCUAAUAAUAAAUGUAUUUAUUCACUGGUGAAUAUUUUACGUAGUUCAUAUUGGACUAUUCCUGUAAUUAGUACUUUUGAUCAUGAAUAAACUGUUCCAUUUAUGUUUGUGUAAUGACUAUUAGUUACACCCUAGAGAAUUAUGCAAUUAUGUGCCCAUGUAAUUUCAUGUAUCAUACAUUUCACUAUGUGAAACAGUGAUAUGGCCAAACUCCUUGUACCUCCUGCUUUGGCUGUUGUCUCGUCACUCCUCACACUGUUUUCAGGAGCAAAGUGGAGAGUAAUGGGAAGAGCAGAAGUAUGAUGUGUGUGUAUAUAUAUAUAUAAAAAUAAUAAAUAUAUAAAUAAAUGUGCUCAUGUAACCACCCUCCAUUUGUCAAAAGAUUGUCACUACAACAGCCUGAAAAAUCCUGCAUUUACAUUGUAAAAAGAAAUUGCAUAAUUCCCUGAGGUGCAAUUAGUUUACUGCAUAGGUGCUUGAUUAGAGCAGGAUACUGUUAUUUGCAUACUUUACUUGAUAUGAACUUAAGAUGUGUAUCACUCUUUCCACAAUACUUUAUAUAAAAAUCAGGAUCUUCCUUCUGCAUUAGACUCAAAGGGUGCAGAAAUAAUAGCUCUGGUCCCUACUGUCAUGAUAUAGUGUCUAAGCAUUGCUAUAGUAUGCUAUCAUGGCACACGUGGGAAGACUGAAGCCUGGCAGUCCCAAAACCGAUGGACCAACAGGAUUGCCGAGGCCUGCAAGUUAGAGGGAGCUAUGCUGUGGGAGAGUAUGAUACUGAGUGCCAAUUGUUAAAUGAUUUGAGACAAACUCAAUUUCCAUUAAAUAUAACAAAAUUACAUUUGUAUAGCACCUUUUAAGUCGGGAGGACAUUCCAAGGCACUGGACAGACCAGAAUUUUGGACUGUCCGAAAAUAGUAUGAACAUUACUGAAUAUUUGUAUGUGAAGUACUGGAAUCCAAUUUCCAUUUCUACUAACCACAUGCAACAAUGGGUACAGAGGGAAUGUGUCCUUAAUUAUAUGUGAUGGGUUCCAAGAAUCCUUUUUUUUUGGUUACUUGUGUUUAUGUUAAUUUGGUGGUAGCACUCUUACCUUCUAGUCAGAAGAUUGCACGUCCAAUGCAGUGUUACGUUGUCAGAGGUGCCAUCCUUCAGAUUAGACAAACAGUUGUUCAGGUG